AUGGCAAAUGCCAGCGCCAGUGGACCUUGCAGGAAGCCCUUCCCAAGGAUGUACACCUACAAAUACAUCUUGGUUAAUGGUAUUCAAAAGCUCUUACGUUUUCAUGCUUAUGGUUUCACGUCUUUUCCCAGGUGUUACUUGGAAGAUGGAGCUUCAAAAGGUGCCUGGCUGAAUCGGUCGAGUAUUAUUUUUGCUGGAAGUGACAAGUGGUCGGUAGAUCCUCGGGUUUCAAUCGCAACAGCAAACAGAAGAGAAUAUAGCCUGCAGAUACAAGACGUAGACGUGACGGAUGACGGUCCAUACACUUGUUCUGUGCAAACUCAGCACACUCCUAGAACGAUGCAGGUGCACUUAACUGUACAAGUUUCUCCGAAGAUAUUUCGCAUUUCGAGUGACAUCGUUGUGAACGAAGGAAGCAACGUUACUCUGGUGUGCCUGGCCACCGGGAAGCCAGAGCCUUCCAUCUCUUGGAGACACAUCUCUCCGUCUGCAAAACCCUUUGAGAGCGGACAGUACCUGGACAUCUAUGGAAUUACAAGAGACCAGGCUGGGGAAUAUGAAUGCAGUGCAGAAAAUGAUGUCUCCGUCCCAGACGUGAAAAAAGUAAAAGUCACAGUAAACUUUGCCCCCACAAUUCAGGAACUUAAAUCCAGCGGUGUGAUGCUUGGAGGGAACGGACUGAUACGGUGCGAAGGUGCAGGAGUUCCUGCCCCAGUCUUUGAGUGGUACAAAGGAGAGAGGAAGUAAGUAGCCGGCGCUCGCCGACCCACUCGUGCUGCUGGGGAUGCUGCCCACCCAGGGGGACCCAGGUGGAAGAGAGAGGACACCGCCGGGCUGG